AGAUGCUGUUUAUCGUAUUAUAUUCCGUGGUCGUUGUUGCUCUUACUACAGCACAGAACAACUCGUACAUAAAUAUUGUCAAUGAUGCAGCGAAACAAGUAUCGUCCCACCACGCCACCCUCCACGGCCAUAUCAACACCGUCUUCAACAACCAUCCGUUUUACAACACUGGCACCAAAACACCGUCAUGUCCAAACCCAAAUGAUCCAUCAGCUGUAUUUGAAUUGACCUCUACUCCAGAACUAGAAGCCAACUAUCCCUUAACAUUGAUCGCCAAUGAACUGGCGACCAGAUCACAGUUGGCCACUGUUCUGGCUUCUGAGAUUCCCGCUCAAUCUGGAUUGAAUCUGGAAAUACCUGUUGAUGAACCAUUUGACACAGCUGAAACCAAGUGUGCUACAAAAACCAGCAACGUCUGGACAUUUACUUCCGCUCAGAAUCGUGGUGUCUGUUGGGUACUGCAAGGAUUCCAGGAUGCUGUCUUUGCUGUAAACUGUGUGAACCCCGUUUGUAAAGGAUGUGAUAGUCAGAAAAGUCAACUGAACAGCUUCACCUCAUGGGAACAGAACUUCUGGGCGUCGUUCAACUUCCCAAACUUUCCCAAAGCAGAUUCAGGAUUUUAUCAGACCCAAUCAACAUCAUACAAGAAUAUCUGCGUACCAAGAUUUGAGGUCCGCACCAUCUGGGCAUAUUGUCCACUGAUAGCUGAUCCUUUGAAGAUUGUUCGGGAGCAGAUUAUUCUGCCUUCGGCUUGUAGUUGUAAGAAGAUCCGAUGUCAAUAGAAAAACAUCAACCAUUUUUAAAUAGUUCAUCAUUGAGCUAUUUGCGUUGUUUAUGGUUAAAGGCCUUCAUGGCUAAAACAUUUUAUAUUGCGGUCCUGUUACUUUCUUAUGUACACUUUAAUACUAUCUCAAUUGUAUCAUUUGCAAAACUCUAAUAAAACAUUAUGUAAGCCAU